AUGGCUAGCUUAAGCGAUAGCAGAGUUGAAGUGAGAGAUGGUGUGAAGGGUGCGGUAUUAAUGGUGAUGGUUCAGAUUAUAUAUAGUGGGACGAACGUAUUGUAUAAAAUGGUAGAAAAUCGUGGAAUAAGCAUGACUGUGGUCGUUGCCUACAGAUUUCUCUUUUCAACCUGCUUCAUUGUUCCUCUUGCUCUCUUCUUUGAAAGGGAAAGCCUCAAAGCAAUUAAUGGGACAGUUCUAUUCCAAGCUUUCCUUUGUGGGUUAUUUGGGGGAUCCUUGCUGCUAAAUAUGUUUCUUUAUUCCUUGAGCUUCGUAUCAGUAUCUUACGCCACAGCUAUAAUGAACCUUGUUCCUUUAGCUACCUACAUCUUGGCUGUCUCAUUUAGACUGGAGAGGAUGAAUUUAGGAACAGCAGGAGGGAAGGCAAAGAUAGUAGGGACCCUCACAGGAAUCUGUGGAGCCAUGAUCCUUACUUUCUCCAGAGGCGAAAGAAUCCAAAUCUGGACGACUCAUAUUAAUUUGAUGAAGCACCACGUGGCAGCAUCACAUGGCACCUCCAUUACUCCUACCAUUUGGGGCUGCAUGCUUGCUUUUGUUGCCUGCCUUAGUUACUCCUUGUGGUUGAUAGUCCAGGCAAAGAUGACACGGAGAUUUGCAUGGCAUUACUCAAGCACAGCUUUAAUGUCCAUCAUGGGCUUGUUCCAAAGUUUCAUCUUUGCAUUUUGCGUUGAGAGAGACUGGAAUCAAUGGAAGCUUGCCUGGGACCUUAAGCUUCUCACUGCAGCUUACACAGGAGUAAUUUCUUCUGGGGUGGCUUUUUCCCUAGUAGCAUGGUGUGUGAAGAAGAAGGGACCUGUGUUUGUGGCCAUUUUUAAUCCUCUCAUGUUAGCUCUAACUGUCCUGGCAGGCUCUUUACUGCUCGAUGAAACUCUCUAUAUUGGAGGUAUAGUAGGGAUGGUGUUGAUUGUGAGCGGAUUGUACAUGGUGCUAUGGGGUAAAAGCAAGGAAGCAAUUAACAAAGCAUCAUCAGAGAAUUCAACAGCCUCUCUUCCAUCUGAUGAUUCCAUCCAGAUUAUAAGUCAACCAAAUCCUACAAAGUGA